GCACUAGUCAAUUCAUGAUUUUAGAGCAGUCUCUUUCAUGUCCCAUUUGAGAGCCAAUGAAAUUCUAGGACGCGCUUUGGAAAUCAAAUCAAAUCUACAUUAUUAACAAGUCUUGAAGUUCCGAUCAUCUCCUUCCACCCUUAUCUAAUAGUUGAAAGAAAGCAUCACUGACAUUGUUCUAAAAUGUCUUUACUUCCCAUGGCUUCUGUAUCUGUGGUUUACUUCAUCCUUCUGGUAUUCUCUGCUGCUGAAGGGGCUCAACCAAAGCCGUCCAACCAGAUCAGUCUGGGCUCUUCACUUUCCCCAGAAUCUCAACCCACUUCAUGGCCCUCCCGUUCGGGUCAGGGUUUUACCAGCAAGGUCUCAAUUUUGCUGUGGGGAUCUGGCUGGUAGGCAAUCCCAACAACACUGUUGUCUGGACAGCAAAUCGAGAUGAUCCACCGGUCAACUCGAAUGCAACUCUGGAUUUAACCAAGGAUGGUAAACUUCUUCUGAGAACUGAUCAAGGGGAAGAGAAGCUCAUUGCUAAUGCAACCACCGCUGCAGCCUUUGCUUCCAUGUUGGAUUCGGGCAAUUUUGUGCUCUAUAACGAGGACUCUGAUCCCAUUUGGGAGAGUUUUAGCUUCCCAACUGAAACUAUAUUAGGAGGCCAGAGUUUACGCACAGGGGGUGAAUUAGUUUCUAGUUUAUCAGAAUCCAAUCAUUCAAGUGGACGGUUUGACCUUAACAUGCAGCUUGAUGGGAACUUUGUUCUGUACCCUGCAGACACUGCUCACACUCCAGGAGAUGCUUACUGGAGCACUGGAACUUUCACCAGUGGCAGCCACCUGUAUCUCAAUGAUAGCAGAGGCGACCUACUUCUCCGGAGGAAUGAUGAUCUUGGUUCAUUGAGAAGUGUGUUGACUUCCUCAUCUUCAAUCAAUAAAGAUGCCAACAAAGUUAUCUAUCGGGCUACACUUGAUGUUGACGGAGUUUUUCGACUCUAUUCUCAUGCCAACUACAACAAUAGUGAACCCAAAAUAACGAUGGAGAAGUCAGUACUUAACAAUGCAUGUGAUGUGAAAAGUUUUUGUGGCUUCAACAGCUUUUGCACAUUUGCUGACGAUAAACCCUACUGUGAUUGUCUUCCUGGUUCUGAUUUCAUUGAUCCUAAUCAAAGAUCUCUUGGUUGUGGGAGAAACUUCUCUGAAGAAGGGUGUAGAGAUGAGGAAGAAAAAACGCCUUUUUAUGGCAUCAAGACAAUGGAGAAUUUGAAUUGGGGAGACCACGCCUAUUUUGAUGCACCAAUGUCAAAAGAUGACUGCAGCAACUCUUGUUUGGAAGACUGUGAUUGUGGGGCUGCCCUAUAUCUUAAUGGGCAUUGCAAGAAACAAAAUUUUCCCUUGAGAUAUGUUGUAAGAGAUCGAGAAGUGUCUUCCACAGCUUUCCUGAAGGUGGGCAUGAGAAGUAUUGAGACCAAGAACGGGACCUUUCCUAGCCCAACAAAGCCACCAGUUAUAGUGACAAGCAAGAAAGCAAUAGUGCUAAUUAUUGUUUUAAGCUUGAGUUUCGUUACAUGUUCAUUUGUUGCUCUUUUAUUCUCUGGCUUUUUCAUUUUCAAGUACCGGGUUCUUAGGUACAGAAGGCUGUUGGAGACGGGAAAUUUGGGCCCAGCCAAGGAGCUCACCUUGCAAUUGUUUUCAUACAAAGAGCUCAUAAGAGCAACCAGUGGGUUCAAAGAAGAGUUGGGUAAGGGCUCUUUCGGAGAAGUCUAUAAAGGGUUUUUGUACAAAAGUAAAAAACUAGUUGCAGUAAAGAGACUAGAGAAGAUAGUAGAAGAAGGUGAAAGGGAGUUUCAGGCAGAGAUGCGAGCAAUUGGGAGAACUCACCACAAGAACUUGGUUCGGUUGAUGGGGUACUGUGCUGAAAACUCUAGGAGGCUUCUGGUCUAUGAAUAUAUGAGUAAUGGCUCCCUUGCAAAUCUCCUUUUCAAUGCGGGAACCCGCCCUCACUGGAAUGAAAGAGUUAAAAUUGCAUUGGAUGUGGCAAGAGGUAUCCUCUAUUUACAUGAAGAAUGUGAAACCCCUAUCAUUCAUUGUGAUAUAAAGCCUCAAAAUAUUCUGAUGGAUGAAUUUUGGAAUGCCAAAAUCUCUGAUUUUGGAUUAGCCAAGUUGUUGAUGCCUGAUCAAACAAGGACCUUCACUGGGGUCAGAGGGACUAGAGGAUACUUGGCACCAGAAUGGCAGAGGAACACUCCAAUAUCUGUAAAAGCUGACAUCUACAGCUAUGGGAUAGUGCUGUUAGAAAUUGUAUGUUGCAGAAAGAACAUGGAAGUUCAGGUGAAAAAUCCAGAAGAGAUUAUUCUGUCCAAUUGGGUCUAUCAGUGCAUGGUUUCCAGAGAGUUGGAUAAGCUUGUGGCUGAUGAAGAAGCAAAUAAAAAAACCUUGGAAAGAAUGGUUAAGGUGGGAUUGUGGUGCAUUCAAGAUGAACCUGCUCUUCGUCCUUCCAUAAAGAGUGUAGUGCUGAUCUUAGAAGGGAUAACUGAUAUAGUGGUCCCUCCAUGUCCAACUACUACCACCAUGUAGAUGAGGCAGGUUCAAUUGCCUUAAUGUUUUUGUAUUUUUCAUCUUCCAAUGCAUAAGCUAGCAUAUGCGGUAAGCCUUUUCUGAGUGAAAUAUAUGGUAACUCUUGGAAGCAAUAGAUGCCCACUUCCUAGGUGGAAGCAGCUGUAUUAAGUUGAUGUGUUUAAUUCUAUCUAUUACCAGUCGAACACUUUGUACUUGUAAUUCAUAGAAUCUCAUUUCCACUCUCCUUCUCAUUAAAA